UACAGGGAACCGAUUGUUGCAUUAGAGAGUACAACUAAUAUGUGUGGCCCCUUUAUCAGACAACAGUUGAGUGCCGAUCGUUAGUUGGUUAAGUUGGAAUUUACGCGACAUAUUUUGAAUAGUGUUGGUUGUUGUGGUACUUCGAUCAUUCGAUCUCCUAGCACACUUGAAACACAGUUCUGAUAAGUGAAGAAACGAAGUGUGACCAGUCGGUGUGGGCGGCACUGACACUAUCGCUAUUAGCGGUGCACUCGAAUGAAUACUGGGUGCGCUCAGUGCGUCACAGUUUCUGUCUGGCGCCACUCAUCUUAGCGCCGAACCUUUGGGAAAUAAACAAACUUUGGAUAAAUAGAAAUCGAGUGCAGCACUGACAUCCAGUGGUAGGAGAUAUGAAGUCCCCCUGCAAUUCGAGGUCGAGUUUGGUUCAUGUCGGAUUUGCUUUGCUGUUACUAUCUACAACAUCAGCCUAUUCGGCAAACAUAGCACAGCAAAAGAGCAACCAGCUGCAAAGCCAACCAGAACCGGUGCCACUGAGCAACGAUUUCGACUGGAACCUGGUGAAAGAAGUAUUCCAGCAUGAGCAGACAAACACCAUUUUCUCCCCCUUUUCCAUCAAAUUGCUGCUCACGCUGCUCUACGAAGCAUCUGGGAAGAAUAGCACUACAAAGCGAGAGCUAUCCAAAGCACUUUCCGGUUCGGACUUGGAAAAAACCCGUCAGCUGUAUCGGGAAUUUCUGGAAAGCUCCACGAAAGAAAACAGAGACUAUGAGUUCAACAUCGGCACUCGGAUAUUUUUGGAUCAAAGCAUAACGAAUGUCAGUGAUGCCUACACGGAACUGGUGGAAUCAUGUUACAAAACGACCGUAGAACCAGUUUUGUUUCGGGAUUCCACCGUAACAGCUACAAAGAUCAACGAUUGGUGUUCUGAAAUUACCCAAGGCCAUCUCAACGAUUUGGUGACGGCAGAUCACAUAAAAGACGCCACGAUGAUAAUCGCUAAUGCACUGUUUCUGAAGGCUUCGUGGAAGAAUUCAUUCACGGAUGAGUACACCCGGAAGCGGCCGUUUCUCAUUUCCGAUAGUCUGACUGAGAAUGUUGAGUUUAUGGAACAAACAAAUAUUUACGAGUACCUGGACGAUCAAGAUCUUCAGUUGGAGAUGUUAAGGUUACCAUACAAGGGUCGUCACUUUUCGUUGUACCUUAUUCUACCGUACGCGAAUAGUACGUUGGAAAAAGUCAUUGAUUCUCUGAGUGCCGACAAUAUGUUCAAGUUAGAAGACAAGAUGAUGCGGGAAGAGAUUGUGGUCAUCAUUCCAAAGUUUAAAUUCGAAUUUGGAAUAACACUGAAUGAUUAUUUGAAAUCGCUCGGUAUCACUGAAGUAUUUACUCGGAGAGCGUCCCUUCCGCAAUUAUCUGGUGGGAAGCGUUCCAACCUGGAAGUGUCCAAGAUACUGCAGAAAGCUGGCAUUGAAGUAAACGAGCGGGGUACCCUAGCAUUUGCUGCGACAGAAAUUCAGCUAGUAAACAAGUUUGGCAUUGACGACAGCCCCAUUCAAUUCGAAGCUAACCGGCCGUUUAUGUUCUACAUCAAGGAUGAAGACUCGGAUGCGAUACUGUUCGUGGGGAAAGUGCUGAAUCCGGUGGCGUCGUGAAAAGUAUCUCCAAAAAAGAUGGAGGGGCGAAGCAUUAGUCAAACUACCUUUGAUCAAUUAGUUUUCAAAUUUGUAACCUCAAAUUGCAUGUUGUUUGUUGGAUCAAUAAAAAUACUCUAAAAGAAUGCUCUUCUAACUAUUUGAGUUAUUUUUCAA